GUGCGCGAGUUAAUACCGCUGUCUUCUGUGUCAAGAGUGUCGAGACCACAGACAUAUAUACGAGACCGGACUAAUGUCUUUGCAAACUUCAUGAGAAUUCUCACAUUUCAGACGAAGUUUCAUUUUGUAAAAAACAAGAAGACUUCAUAGGUCACAGCAGAGAGAUGAGAACAGUAUGCCUGGAGCAGAAUGCUCUUUCUUGGCUCUGCCUCCUUCUCCUGCUGGGCUUCUUGGUGUCCACUUCAGCAGCCUGGGACCUGGUUGUACUCCACACCAAUGACGUUCAUGCUCGGGUGGAGGAGACCAGCGAGCACUCUGGGAAAUGCAGCAGCACCAGUGGGUGUUUUGCUGGGGUGGCCCGGAGAGCCACGAUGAUCAAGAGGAUCCGCAGCAACGAGAGCAAUGUGCUGCUGCUGGACGCUGGAGACCAGUUCCAGGGGACUAUCUGGUUCAACCACUACAAGGGAGCUGAGGCUGCGUAUUUUAUGAACGAACUGGGGUAUGACUGCAUGGCUUUUGGAAAUCAUGAGUUUGAUAAUGAAGUGCCAGGACUCAUGAAACCGUUUUUGGAGCAGAUCAAUUUUACAGUUCUAAGUGCCAACAUCAAAACAGACAAAACUCUGGCCUUGACACUAGGCAGCUCUUAUGUACCUCAUAAGAUCCUCACUGUUGGCAGUGAGAGGGUGGGCGUGAUUGGAUACACAACAAAGGAAACUCCUCAAGUUUCUCAGCCUGGACCACACCUGCAGUUCGAGGACGAGGUGACUGCCGUGCAGCAGCAGGUGGUUGAACUGCAGCAGCAGGGAGUCAAUAAGAUCAUCGCUCUGGGUCACGCAGGCAUUGAUGUGGAUAAGGAGAUCGCCAAGAAGGUCAGCGGAGUCGACCUUGUCAUCGGUGGACACAGCGACACUUUCCUCUAUACAGGAUCCCCUCCCUCUACUGAAGUCCCUGCUGGUCCUUAUCCACUCAUGGUGCAAUCAGAUGAUGGACGGCAGGUUCCUGUUGUGCAGGCCUAUGCCUUUGGAAAAUAUCUGGGUUAUCUGAAGGUGACCUUUGACAAUGCUGGGAAUGUGGUAAAUGCCACAGGAAACCCCAUCCUGCUGGACAGCAGCAUCCCACAGGAUCCAGAUGUUCUGGCUGACGUGGAGGAAUGGAAAAAGGGUCUUGCCAACUACUCGACUCAAGUGGUGGGAAACACUCUGGUCUUCCUGAACGGCACCCGUGUGGAGUGUCGAUUUGGGGAAUGCAACCUUGGAAACCUGAUCUGUGAUGCCAUGGUUGACAACAACAUCAGGUUCUCAGACAGUAUACAGUGGAACCAUGUCAGUGCCAGCAUCUUCAACGGAGGAGGUGUCCGUGCGUCUAUUGACGAACGUGCCAGGAAUGGUUCAAUCACCAUGGAGGACCUGAUCUCUGUCUUACCUUUUGGAAAUACAUUUGACCUGCUGGAGCUGAAUGGCUCCACGCUUUUUAAAAUCUUUGAACACUCAGUGAGACGAUAUGGCCAGAACUCAGGAGAGUUCCUCCAAGUGUCAGGAAUUCAAUUAGAGUUUGACCCCUCUAAACCUGAGGGGAAUCGAGUGACAAGCCUCAGCAUCCUCUGCGUGCAGUGUCGAGUUCCUUGCUAUGAACAUGUUCAGCCGGAGACGGUUUAUAAAAUGGUGAUGCCAUCCUUCAUAGCGCAGGGUGGAGAUGGAUUCUCCAUGAUCCCAGAUGAGAAGCUUGAUCACACUACUGGGAAUUUGGAUAUUGCAGUCGUGUCGGAAUACAUCAUGAAAAAUCAGAAAGUUUACACGCCUCUUCAAGGGCGCAUUAAGGUCCUUAACUCAACUUCUAUACAACCCACUCCUCUCAAAUCAACUUAUGGACAGACCACUCCACUCAGCAACUCAGCUCUUGGACAAACCACUCCACUGGUUAUUCUGGUCUCACUUGGGCUGCUGUGGUCUCUGUGUGGGAGCAUGGAAGGCUGACUUUAACCAGAAACACAACUUAAACUCUUUCUCUCCUAGUGGAGCACAAGUCAUCCACAAUUCUUCUCCAGUGCUCACUGUUUCGGGCCACUUUCUGCAGUUCUAUCUUUACUUCAUUUCCUUGGCCUCUAUGUCUGGUGACCUCCUCCAUCUGUUUCUGGGUGUUCCUUGUUAUCUCUGCCCUUGAGGGUUUCAUAUUAGAGCCUGUCUGGUUACAUUGAUUUUGGGCUUCCGUAGGGUGUGUCUGAUCCGACCAACUCCACUUCCUUUUCCUCAUGUGGGUGUCUGUUCUCUCUUGGUUUGUUUCCUCCCACACAUCUUUAUUUCUGAUGGUGUUUGGCCAAUGUAUCUUACAGAUGGUUUUUGGGCACUUGGUGACAAAGGUCUGGACUUUGUUGGUGGAGGAUUUUGUUAUUCUCCAUGUUUCUGAACCAUGGAACAGCACUGAUUGAACAUUGGUGAGUUUGGUGAAAUGGGCCUCAGUGUAACAAAAGCUGUUCUGAACUUUCCAAAUUGGGCUUGAAUGUCUGCAUCUGUCCCUCCACCCUUGCCCACAACACCUUUGAGUUAGGUGAAGCUGGUCACGUCUUCUAACUCUGGUCCUUCCCGUCAGAUGGAGUCAUUGCUGGUGCUGUUGGUGUGCAUUACCCUGGUGUUGUCUGUUGAUGGUGAGGCCAUUCUUGGCAGAUGUUGUUGCUAGCAGGUCUGUCUUUGCUUGCAUCUGUGGGUGGGUGGAUCAUGUUAAGGUUGUGUCAUCUGCAAAGUCCAGAUCAUGUAGCUGGGACCACAGCAUCCACUGUAUUCCACAUCUUCUCAUGAUCCAGUCCACUACCAGCAGAAAGAGCAAGGGGGACAGCAGGCAGUCUGUCUGAUGCCAGUGGCCAUGGAAAAGGUUCUGUGAGGCCGCCGUUUUGCACGGCUCUACAUGAUGAGUGUUGGAACAUCGUCUGAUGAACUUUGCUGUGUGCUGUGACGUCACAUGAGAGCCCAAAGGGGGUUAUGUCCAAGCUGUCAGAGGCUCUCUUAAAGUCUGUAACUGUGAUGUAAAGAGAUGUGUUCCAGAAACAAGAGAGGACAGAAAAUGUUUUUUCAAACAAAUUGGACAUGAAAUUGAACAACAGGACCGGUGAAUGUAACUCUUAAUGGGACUGAAAAUCUCACUUCUGAAAAAUAAUAUGAUUUUACUUUUCAUUUUAUCAAGCAGGAGAUCCUGACAUGUCUUUCUUGAAACAUGAAAUGAAAACACUCUUAACACAGUAGUUUAGGUCUUAGAUUUUAAAUUUUACUAGUUUUAAUGUUUCUGGGGAGACAAUUUUAAAAAUAUUGAUGCAUCACAAAGGUGUUAUUGCUUCAAAAUGAACAUGGUUUGAGUCGUAUUAGCUUUAUUGACUCAUUAUAGUCACAAAUAUUUGUAAAAAUAAACCACUAAAUUAUGCACAUCUGACUUCUUUUGCACUCCAGUGACUGUUAAUUUCUUCAUUGCAGUUUAUUUUGCAUAAAUAUCUUGCACGUUAGUACUGGACUAGGUGUUGCGUGGGGCUGCCCCCAUGAAAGUGAAUCAUCAGUCAGAGACCCCACAGUCAACUGAGAUUAGUCCAAGUUGAGCAGUCGUUUUUAUGUUGUUUCUUUUUUGCUAUUAAGUUUGCUGAACAGUGUACUUCUGGGGAUGUUUUUGUCACCAGAUUUUCACGCUAUUUGGUACAGGGAGCUGCAGGCAGUGGCACAGAUGAAGAGGCUUUGCACUGUAGGGCUCUGACACAACAUUGUCUUCACUCUUAUGCUUGGAAGCCCCAGGCCUGUACUGCAGACAGGCCAUUCUAGUACCCACACUCUUUAAAUUAUGAAGCCACGCUGUUGUAACAUGUACAGAAUGUAGCUUGGCAUUGUCUUGCCUGAAUAAACGGGGAUAUCUCUGAAAAAGACGUCGUCUGGAUAGCAGCAUAUGCUCUUCUUCAAAACCUGCAUGUACCUUUCUGCGCUCUUGGUGCCUUCACAGAUGUGAGAGUUACCCAUGAGGCCACUACCACAUACCAUCACAGAUGCUGGCUCUUGAACUUUGCACUGGUAACAGUCUUGUUGGUCCUUUUUCUCUUAAGCUCAGAUGAAACACCAUCCAUGAUUGCCAAAGACAAUUGUAAAUGUGGACUCGUCACACCACAGCACACUUUUCCACACUUUGUGUCAGUCCAUCUCAGAAAAGCCUGCGGCAUCUCUGCAUGUUGUUGACAUAUGGCUCUCACUUUGCAUGUUAGUCUUAACGUACAUUUGUAGAUGCAGUGACAAAAUGUAUGUAGUGACAGUUGCUUUCUGAAGUCUUCCCAAGCCUGUGUAGUCAUAUUCCUUAUGCAAUCAUAUUGGUUUUUAAUGCAGUGCUGUCUGAAGGGUCAAAGUUCAUGGCCAUUCAAUGGUGGUUUUCAGCCUGGCCUCUCGUGCAGAUUUUUCUGAUUUCUCUGAAUCGUUUGAUGUUACUAUGGAUUGUAGAUCCUGAAAUCCAUAAACUCCUUGCAAAUGUUUGUUGAGAAACUGAUUGACUGUUUCACCAUGCUGUUUUCACAAAGAGACCGUCUUUGCUUGUGAACACCUGACCCUUUCGAGGGUGCCUUUUUCAAACCCAGUCAUGAUACUUUAAUCUGUUACCAAUUCACCUGUUUACUUGUGGGAUGAUUCAAACAGGUGUUGUUGUUGUUUUAGCAUUCCACUACUUUCCCAGGCUGUUACUGCCCCUGUCCCAAUUUUUUUUGGAAUGUGUUGCAGACCUCACAUUCAGAGUAAGUGUAUGUUUACAAAAACAAAGUUUAUUAGUUUGAACUGAAUUCAAUUGGAUAAAGGUCAAAAAGGAUUUGCGAAUUGUUGCAUGCUAUUUUAUUUACAUUUUACACAGUGUUCCAAGAUCUUUGGAAUUUGGGGUUGUAAAUAAAGUUGAAAUAUAUUUGGGAUAAUUGAACCUUAGAAUAUUUUUAGGUGUAAAAAGUAUCAACUUAGUUUUUAUUUUGUGUUUAUUUUUUUAUUUUAUCUUGAUAUAUCAACAACUUUGUGUUUUCUGAAUAAGUUGUCUUUCAGUUUUGCCUGCCUGCUAACUGCAGGUUUUCUUCAGUGCAGUAGCAACUGUAUAGAUACAUCUUAUGUUCUUUAUGUAAAAAGGUUUUUUUGUGUGUGUGAGGCGGCAACGUACUGUACUAUGAAGUAGCUAAUAUUUGGGAAAUAAAAUCAUUCAUGGGUUGUUGGGUUUUUUUGUUUUGUUUUUCUUAUAGAGAAACGUGGAAACGAAAGGGAUGGCAGCAUCCUCAUUAGUGACAUCAUCAGAAGACGAGAAGAAAAAGAAAAGCAACUAAACAACCCCAAAUGAAAGCAAAGAAAUAAGUAAUACAUAAU